CCUCGAGGGAAAGUCAACCAUCAAUACCACCAGUGCUUGUAAUUUUGGUACCUACUCUGAUCACAAUGCGUCCUCUUGCUUUAGUAUCGACUUUACUCACUGCUCUUGCAGCGGUGACCAGUGGGUCAUUUCUAUCUCCUAGAAGAGAGAUAGCAUUGUGUCUCUGCGAAGAUGAAGCAUGGGAUAUCACAAGACGGUGGCUCAGCGUUUUCUCAACCCCUGGCGUAUCUAGCAAGGCGGAGCUGGCGACGAUCGUUUCUCAGAAUCUCACGAGCUACGACGACGCAUUUGGUCCUCCAACUAUCGGCAUCGAUGGACUCUGGGCCGCCCUGACAGCACCUGGCAACGCCCCAACAGCCAAUGUGACGCAGACGCCCAAUUUCAUCCUACAUACUUGCGUCCAGAUUGCGUACAACUGGCAGUACACCGCUGUUACAACUGUAUAUAACUCAACGGUACCGGUUGGAACUCCAGUUGCAUUUACUGGGAAUGAUAUCAUCCGAAUUGAUCUGGCGACGAGACUGAUAUCUAAUGCCACUUCCGUUGGAAAUUGGAUUGUACUUGCCCAACAACUGGGAGAAUCAUGUACUGUUUAAUGGAAUCCUUCUAAUCUCUGUCAAAUGGCCCUUAUUACAUCUAUAUCUCGGGCCUAGUUCCGUUACACUAAAUGCCUACUUACCUGAAGUAGCUUCAAUCUUGCAAAG